ACAGAAUAACGGAGUAGAUUUGUGCGAUCAAUUUGUGGUAGUCGUGAGCUGAUCAAGAGAGAUGCGUUGUCUCGCAAUAUGUGUGUGAUGCGAGCCAUCGGUGCACACAACGCGUGGCAUUUUUGUGAACAUUCAGCGUGAAGAUUAUUUAUGCGAACGCUCGACCGCGGUGGUCAUCGUGAACACUACAACACGUUCUUCCCAGCACCCUAAGAUGGACCAUCGUCAAAAGGUGGUUGUAGUUCCUCAACAAUCAAAAGUCAAAAUCGAAGACGAUGACGACGAGGAUGUUGAAGCACUAAGACUGGCAGCGCUUAAAUCAUUACGUACAAAGGAUACCACUCAUAAAAGAUCAGCGUUAUCGCAAAUGCAGAAAGUACUACCACAAAUAACGCAGUCAUCUCGUUUUGCAUAUAAAAAUCAACGGCCUAUAAAGAAAAAUUAUUAUCACAAUCACAACAGAGUGCAACAAAGGCAAAAUGGUCAUUUAUAUUAUCAGAGCCAUCGUAAUCCGAACUUGAUAGCGAUAGUUCCUGUAGAUGAACCUUCGCCACUUCAACAAGCCCCAUUAUCUUGUCCUGUAGAAAAGACUGAGCCAUAUGUAGAACAAGAAGUAUCAAAAUUCCAUCGUUUUAAAGAUAGUGGGAGUGCUUCUGAAGAAGAAGAUAUAAAGGAACAGAAAAGCAUUGUGACUUCUGUAAAAACAGAAAUUAUAGCAAAAGAGAAAACAGAUGAGUUUUCAGAAAAGGUAGAAAGAAGUCAGGAGGAAGCUAUAGAAAGUCCGCAAAAGAAUGGUGAUACUCCAGAAGAGGAUGGUAACGAUGAUGACGAUGAUGUACUUUUAAUGGCUGAUCUUGAGGAGGAAGAUAGUUUAGAACGUUUAAUGGACGAGAUGGAAAGGGAAAUGAAUGAUGAAAAUAAGUUGUCUGAAAGGAAAGAGAAGAAAUGUCAUAAGGGCGAAGAUAAAAAUAUUGUUAAAGGUGAUGAAGGAAGUAAAAAUGUAGAACAGAAGGCGAAAUCGGACGACAGCUAUGGUAAGAAGGAAAGGAAUAUUGCUGUCUUAUCUCUGACUACAAUUGUCAGGAAUGAUAGAAGAUCGGUCUCUCCGCACGUAACGAAUCGAGUUAGUCAAAAACGUAGAUCGUUAUCUCCAAGAUCGCGAUUGCGAAAGAAAUCACCAAGAAGAUCUCCUAGAAAAUCUCCAGUUAGACAGCUGAAAAAAUCUCCAAGGGAAACGACGAGAUACAGAUCACCUCCGUCAUCACGAUAUUCUCCUAGAUCUAGAUCACCUAGACUCUCACCACGUAGAUCUCCAAACAGAAUAUCCAUAAAAAGAUCGCCGCUCAGGAAAUUAUCGCCGAGAGGCAGAUCACCGCUCAGGAAAUUAUCACCGAGAGCCAGAUCACCCAAACUUUUGUCGCGUUCCAGAUCGCCUCUGCCACUCAGAUCAAGGUCACCGAGACGAUCGAAAUCUCCAAGACUUCGUUCACCCAAGAUAUCACGCUCUAGAACGCCACGAUUGUCAAGAUCAAGAUCACCAAGAUAUUCACCACUGCUUAGAUCUCCCAGAUCCAAAUCAUCACCUAGAUUAUCUCCGAGAAGAGUAUCACCACGUCGAUUACGGUCUAGAUCUAGAUCUCUCGGUUUGUCUUCUCCGCGAAGAGGAUUAUCUCGCUUGAGAUCGCCAAAAGCAUCGCCGCGUAGAACACCAACUCGCUUGAGAUCACCACGACUUUCACCACGUAGGUCACCAUGGUCAUCCCCGAGACAUUCACCUCGUCUUUCGCCACGUCGGAAGCGAUCUCCGAAGUGGUCACCUAAAGAAUUAUCCAGAAAGCACGGUCCACGUUCAAUCACUCCAGAUAAUCUAGAUGGAUAUAUGAGAGAAGCCUCUCCAAUUUUUAAAGGUACAGCAACUCCGGAAAUGCCCAGAACAACAAAAACAAAACUGAAAGAUGAAGCAUAUGAAAGACCAACAAUGACGGAGACAGCGAAAGAAUCUGUUGAUACAGUUAGUGAUCCUGUAUUAGAGGCAAGAAGAAAGAAAUUUGAGUCUACGAGGCCUAUCGAUCCUGUAAAUGCCAAUAAAAAGAUUAAAUUAUCCAAAAAUCAUACUACAAAUACGAAAAUUGAGCCUUCAGAAGCAAUGGAGAUUCAAUUGAAUAGUGCAAGAUCAAAUAAAACUGUAGAGGAGUACGAUGUUCAAGAAAUGGAUUUAGGUUUGGAAGAAGAUUAUGAGCUUGAAGAGUGUGAAGAAACAAUUGAAAAUACAUCGCCCAGCGCUUUUACAAGUACCAUAAACACGUGCAUUGAUGUGGAGCCACAAAAAACAGAGAAAGAAAAACCUUCAAAGAAAAAGAAAAAGCGCGAUAAGGAGUUAUAUCAAGUGGGAAAACUGAAGAGUGAACUACCGCUUUCCGAACGUAUUGGAAAGGACAAGAAGUGUAAAAAACGUAAAGAUAUAAUUCCCGAACAAGACGUGGAUGUUAUAUUUGAAGAUGUAACUGUAGAGGAGGAAGGAGACUUACGAGCGGAACUUAGCAGAAGACGCGCCGAAAGAUUGAAUAGAACAGUACCGAUUCAGUCUGCUAGAUUGGUGCAGUCGGCUUUUAAAGGCGUUGUAAAUGAAGCUGUGAAGAAUAACGCAAAAGUCAAUCAGAGGCAUGUCAUUAAUACUGAUGAAAAAUCUAAUCAAAAGGAAGUUAGGCGAGUUACUGUGUUACAUAGAACAUUAACCGAAUUACAUGAUUCUGAAGACGAAAGUACUCUUGACUCGAAGGUACCUGUACGUCUCAGACUGGGACUUAAUAAGCAAGAAUCGAGAGAAUCUAAGGCUCGAAAAGCAACCAAAAGACAGGGUCGUAAGGUAAAGCACAAAAAUCAUUUGUCUCUAAAAGAUCCUGAAUAUAUUUUGUAGUGUAUAUUAUGGCUUUAUCUCCACUUUAUAUUAUAUCUCCACUUUAGAUUUAUAAGUAGUGUGAUAUUUUGUGAUACUACCAAACUAAGUAUGGCAAACACAUUUUGAAAUAUUGUUCAUAUUUUCAUUGAUAAUAGUAAAAUGAUUACAGAUUACAAAAUAUCAAAUAAUGAAAUCUUCAAAUCAUUAUACUCUAUACAUAUAUAUGUGUAUUUAUUAUAAUUUUAUGAAUUAAAACGAUGCAAUCCGAUGUAAUUUAAAUAAUAAUUAGCUGUUAUAUAUAAUUUUGAAUUAAUGAAUUGAAUUAACGAAUAGAAUUUUUUAAUAUGUUUACUAAUAAAAAAAUCACAGAUUCGAGAGAAAUAAAUCUUUUUCGAUCGAAGCAAAUUUGAUGCUUAAUAUCGUUUUCGGUGUGAAUUAUAGACAUUUUUUAUUGUAUAAAUUACGCAUCAACUAUCUUGUCAAUUUUGAUACCGAGUCCUAAACUGAAGCUGGAGUAAUAAUAUUAUAAAUUAAAUUAAUAAGUAAUUUAAAAAUAAUGAUGCUAGUAAGGAUGUUAAAUACAAAAUUCAAAGAAUUUUAGAACUAUGUUUCAAAAUUAACAAAUUAACUAGUCAGCGUACCGUUUAUUGAAUUGAAAAAUGUAUAUACAAUUCAUGCAAAAAAUAUUAUUAGCUACCAAGAUCCGUUUUGAUCGAAAGGGAUUUAUAUCUCUUCUAUUUGUGUUAUUCUUUGAUUGGUUAAUUGGUAAAAUUUUUUGCAUUAAUUAGUCUAAUCAAAUGUUUCCAAGUAUUUGUUACGUCAAAUUAACCGCAUCUACAUAUCAGUAUAGUUUUAUUUAUUUAAACAUAAAUCACAUUUUAAUAGAGAAUGUUUUUAUAACGAACAAUAUUUUUUCAAUAUAUAAACUAUUAUGAGUAUGUUAUCAUAAAAAAAAAUAAUUUACCAACCAAAUUACAUAAAAUUAUCUGCAGAACAAUAUUGCGUGCCUUUUAAUAAUAAUUCGGAGAAUGUUACAAAUGUCGCGAAAUAAUUUGCGUUAUUGAAUUUUGUUAAGGGAAUGAAGAGCAUGUUUUCGUGAAGUAGAUGUAUAGAUUUUUAUAACAAAACUAAAUAGUUAAAAAAAGCAACUAUGUAGAACUUUUUUUCCAAAAAAGUUUGUAUUUUAGUAUCGCGUAAUUUUAAACUCAGUAAAGAGCUCAGUAGCAAAUAAAGAUGAUCUGUUUUUUGUUUAGGAAUAAAAUAAAUACGCGUUCAUCCGAUUGCAUAUUUGUAUGAAGAAAGAAAAGCGGUUCAGCUUACCGCUCAUUAUGUUGUCAACACAUAGGAAGAUGCGCGGAUUAAUGGCUACGUUAUCUCGUUUAAAACGUACAUGAAGCAUCUCUUUUUUUUUUUUUUUUUCAAGCAUAAAAAGUACAAUAACAUUAAUAAUACUUUAGAAUCUAAAUUUCGAUAUCUUACGAUUUAGAUUGUACUCGAUUAUUUAUCAUACAUUGCUUAGGAAAAGUUGGUUACGUGUGUUUAUAUUAAAUCAUUUAUUGUUUUGAAGAUUGUGUACGUAAUUUACUUUGAUCGCACAUUUAAUAAACAAUAAUCAUUAAUAAUCCCAAAGCUACCUUUUAAAAAACCUAAGCAUAUUUUAUAUGAAAAUAGUAAUGUAUAGAUAUAUUUUAAUUGUAUAUAGUGCUUAAUAUCGAUUAAACUAAUAAGAAUGUGUAGUAUAGCUUGUAAAUUCGAUUAACAAUAUUGCGGCACCAAAUAUCUUGUACAAAAUAUCAUAUUGAUGACAUGCAACUUGUUAAAAUUUAUUUGCUACGCAACAUAUUUUUAAUGAAGGCAAAAGUGUAAAUGUUAAGAUUUAAUCUGUGGUGUUUUAUAAACUGAUAUUACACUUUAUUGUGUACAUGUGCCCAUUCUAUUUUACAAUUAAGAAUUUAAUUUUUUUAUGUCUAUUUUAUGCUACACUGCAUUUACAUAAAUGUAGUGUAUUAUUUUUCAAAAUUAUGUACACUAAUUUUAUAUUUAGCGGCAGAUUACUGUAAAUAUUACUGUUAUAUAUUUUCUAUUGCAUCUUCUGAGAAAGAUAUAUUCUACUUAAUGUAUUUUACAUAACUGUAUUUAAUUAAUGGCCGCGGAAUAAUACGUACCGUUUUAACUAUAUUUCCAUAUUAAAAUAAUUAGGACGUAGUAUAUAUCACUACAAUAUAUGUAUAGCCAAUAUGUGCGUAAACCUCUUUGGGUUAUUGUGCAGCUGUGUACAUAAACUCAGUCUACUUCGGAAAUAAUGUUCGUAUAUCAAGCUGAAUACCUCAUAGCAUCUAUGAAGGUGUAAACGCUACUUUUACGUCAAUAAAAAAAAAUAACAUUA